AUGAGCGGAAGUGCAAAGCGUUUAGCCGUUAGCUUAUUAGCUCUCGAGCUGUCUGCCCUUGACUGACCCACGUGAGUCCGUUUAGCUUCCUACAGUCCCACGCCAAGCCGGCAGCUAAACAAACUAGCUAAACAAGAGAGAGGUGGCAUUCAAACUACUUGUUUGAUCUCUUUAUUUCAGGCUAAAGGGUCUGGCCUCACAGCAGGCUAAGCUAACAUGUCACUUAGCAGCAAGUCCAUGUUGUUUCUGCUGCAGCGGUGUGUCGCAGUCAGAAAGGUAACGCUACCGACAGGUAUCUCAACUAGAUGGAGCAGCGUGCUGUCGGCCCGGAGCGCGCUCGUUCAGCAGCCGACAUGGACCGCCACAACCUGGGGAGUCGGCCAGCUGCAGUCCGCGGUGACAACCAGCCAGUACCGGUUCUGUACCAAGGCAGGAGAACCUUGGGAGGACGAGUACCCCCCCCUGCCGGCCUAUCAGUCUGAUUCAGAACAGGUGAAGAAGGAGGUGUACAUCAUGCAGGUGAGAGGUCUCCCCUGGGGGUGCUCGGCUGAGGACCUCAUGCAGUUCUUCUCAGAGUGUCGGAUACGUGACGGGGUGAAGGGGAUCCACUUCACCGUGGAGCGGGUGGGGAGGUCCUCGGGACAAGCCUUCAUCGAGAUGGAGCACGAGGAGGACGUCAGCAAAGCUCUGGAGAAGCACCGGCAGUACCUCGGCCCGCGAUACGUGGAAGUGUACGAGGUGACCAACAGCGACGCGGAGGCCAUGCUGAAGAAGGCCGCCCAGGCGCCGGCUGAGAGCGGGGGGGUGGUGCGUAUCCGAGGUCUCCCCUUCUCCUCCACCAAGGACGACAUCGUGCAGUUCUUUUCGGGGCUGGACAUAGCGGAGAACGGGAUCACCGUGGUCUUGGACCGCAAAGGGAGGAACUCCGGGGAGGCCUUCGUGCAGUUUUCCUCCCAACAAGCAGCCGACGAAGCUCUGCAGAGAGACCGAGAGGUCAUCGGACAGAGAUACAUCGAGGUGUUUCCCAGCAGAAGGGACCAGAUUCAUUCUACUAAGACGCGGAAGACGAGCUCGUCUUUCCCUCAGUCGGAGCCCAGGGCUGGAUCCGCUCGGAGCUCGACGCUGCCGCAUCACUUCAUCCACAUGAGGGGACUUCCCUUCAAGGUGUCCAGGGACGACAUCGUUAAGUUCUUCUCUCCUCUCGACGUGUCCGAGGUGGUGAUUGACAGCGGUGCCGGAGGGCGGCCGAGCGGAGAGGCAGACGUUUACUUCAGCUGCCACCAGGACGCCAUGAACGCCAUGUCCAGAGACAGGAUGUACAUAGGAGAAAGAUACAUCGAGUUAUUCCUCAACUCUGAAUCCGAUGGAAAGAAGUGAACACAAAAACGCCCCAAAACACACACACACACAGGACUAUUCUUGAUUUGCCAGCCCGACCUGAUGAAACUUUACUUCCUUCACUGUCUGCGUCCAACGAGGAGGAGCAGACCCCGAGUCACAUGGACACGAAGAACAGGCAGUUAUUUAACUGAAGGUGACAAACAUCAGCCGGGCCAUCAUGUCUAUUCAGGCACACCAAGGCCUUUUUUCUGAAUAUUUAUUUAUUCUGGAAAUGUUUGUCUGGUAAUAGAAUCUGUAGAAAUUCUUCAUCAAAUCAUUCACCAGUUUUUACAGAAAUAUUGAAUAAAAUGCUUAUGCUGCACAGUGUUAUGUUUAUUGAAUGAAAUAACAUUGAUUCUAUUAAAAGCUUGAAUCUUUAAUGAGAAAAAUAAUAAACAGAGUCAAACACCAGAGA